UGCUAAACCACGCCUCUUCAGUCAGUUACGCAUCAACAUGGCGACGUGCGGGAAGAUGGUGCGAACCAGGAGAAAUGUUUGCGCUCUUUUUGUGGUGGUUUUUCUCCAGCUGUUUGCCAGCGGCUGCCUGUCAGCUCCUCUUAACAACAAUACGGAAAAGUCAUUCAAAGUGAAUAAGGGGAGCAACGUAUCUCAAAAUCUCAAUUUGACCAGUGUGAACAAUGAAACAGAACCUUUGUCAACUAAACCAACUCCAGUGGCUUUGACGGAUCCCAAGAACCCUGUAACAUCUGCUGGCAAUAACUCCACAACAACAGAAGCUGAGGCUCCUAAUGAUAACCUUACAACACCCAUUCAAACAAAAAGGCUUACAGAGAACAUCCAUCCAGUAGAUCCACAUGCAGUGGCCGUUUUUGAUGACUCUGGUAAGCAUCACAACUUUAAAAACACAGUGAACACAACAACAAAGGAUAUACCAAAAGAACCAAGUAAAGUGCAGGCGUCAGAUAAACCUGCUGCUCCUAAAACCACCUCCACAGAAGCUCCCACCAUCCGUGUCACAACCCCUGAACCAACCAAACCUGUAACGGAAGUAGAGGCACCUGACUCUGAAUUCAAACCCUCCAACACACCAAACCCACCCCCAGUGCAGAACACUGACGCAGACACUCUGCAGACAACUGACGAAGGACUGAAAUCUCCCUUCGACGAGGACUAUUACAAUAAUGACAACGGUGACAACGAUGAUCCCUACGAGGAAGGUAAUGACAGUGACGACACAUUUGAAGGCAAUGAUGACUUCAAAGACCAGACUGUGGCAAGUCCUCAGCAGCCAGAUGGGAUGGAGAGGACCCGUUUAAAGGGAGCAGAGACCUACAACACAGAGGAUGAGGACUCCCACUUCUUCUUUCAUCUGGUCAUCCUAGCUUUCCUCGUGGCAAUUGUUUACAUCACCUAUCACAACAAGAGGAAGAUCUUCCUACUGGCUCAGAGCCGGCGCUGGAAGGACGGCCUGUGCUCCCGCAACAGUGUGGAGUAUCACCGCCUGGACCAAAACGUCAACGAGGCCAUGCCUUCCCUCAAGAUGACCCGAGACUACAUCUUUUGAUCAACGUUCAGAAGAACAGUAUGUCCAGAUCUGCACAGAGCCAGUUGGCCUUCCUGCCUGAACGGUCGCGUUGUCGAGAUGCUGUGCUUUGUGAAGCUUGAUGCUUUCUCUUGCUUUAAAGGCCAACUGGUUUGAUCUUUGGGAUAUCAUUGUUUGUUCAGUUUUAUUUUGUCUGCGUAAAGAGAUUUUUACUGUUUAUCUAUUAUAUUAUUUCCUGUUAUUUGUCAUUUUGUUUCUAAAUUAAUACCAUCUUGGAAUUUAAUAUUUUGGUGUGUUAGGGGUCUUAUAUCUGUAUUUUUUGGGAGUGUUUCAGCCUUAUAGUCCCUCUACUACUUUUUGUUUUGUUUUGCCUCUGGCAUAUGGUUUUAAUAUGUUUAAUACUCACUUUAAGAGUAGGAAGAAUUACAUGUUAAUGCAACUUAGGUAAUUACAACAGUGAUUAUUUACCCCAAGAUUAAUAAAUAUUCUCUCUCAGCAGUUAGCCAAGAUAUACACUGACACAAAAAGAAUUUUACUUUUUCGGUGAGGGGUCUGUUCAUGUGUUAAAGCCAUUUAAUGAAGACCGAUACUGUACAUUGUUCAGGUUACAAUGUACUAAUCUAAUGUACUAGUCUAAGUAUGGGAGACGCCUGUAUUGCCUAACUUUGUUUUUGUUCUUCAGUUUAUAUUUUACUUGUCUUAAAUGGUACCUCUUGUACUGCCCAGAUUUUGCUAUACAGAAAUCCUGGGGCUGGCCCUCUUUGUUUUAUGACUUCGGUGAAGUCUCUCUCAGUCGUUUUUGGUCUUCAUUGGCAAAAUGUAAUUGCUGUGUUUCCUCAUGCUCAUACAGAAAGUAAAAUGUUUUUGUUACCUCCUGUCAGAGUACAGUUUGAUAGACUGGUUCAUCACAUAUUUUGUGUGGCCUGAUGUUCAUAUGAGCACCACACCUUUCCCACAAAACCAAAAAUAGAACACAUUGUUAUUUUUUUCUCACCCAUGACUCUUGACUGUUCAUCACAGCCACAUGUUGUUUUUCUCUCUGUCGCUGUCUCAUGCCUUCAUUUGUAAUGCCAUUACUGCCACAUGAAUCCAUAUCUUCGUUAUCAAUCUUUUAUCACCACCUGCCAGUUUUUUCAGCUGUCUUGUAUGUAUACAAGGUGCACAGUGGGUAGAUGGAUAAUGCGAUUUGCACUAUGCCAUUCUGUCAUGCUAGCUAGAAUGUGAGGGGGAGGAGGUUUCCUGUGUAAAUGUGAUUGAUCAACACUGCUCUUGCAAUCAACAGUAGAAAUCGUACAAUCUCUUUUUUUGUCAAUAAAGCACAAAUUGUGUACAGUCA